UCUUGGAUCCAAUGUACAGUCUCAAUAUAACGCAUGCAUUACUGUGAGCCCGCGGAAUUUUACCACGUCAACACAAUACCGAUUUCGUGCUUGCGUCAUACGCUACCCAAUCCGAGCCCACAAUUCCUCUAUUUAUUCUAGGUUAGGGGUUCCGACUUUUAGCACUCUUGCGGGUGAAGCAACCAUGGGCGGUGACUUUGUGGUAAUCAAACCUAGCCGCAGCGACGAGGUAUUGGAUGCCGAUCAACAGCUGAUGAUGGCCCACCAGAUCAGAGCCCACUUUGAAUCUAUGGCUCCUAAGCGCCCGAAGAAACCCAACAGGAGCGAAGUCCCCUCCUUAGACGAAGCUACCGUCUGCAAUGGUAAUGAUCCCAUCUCCCCUCACGACAACAUCCCCGAACUCCACCGACUCAGAGCCCUUCUAUUGCAAUCGCAUCCCAUAUGUUCAGAAGAGGCGGCUCCUUUUGCACAAAACGAGUUCGUGGAGACCCAAUACUACACUGAGUUGAAUUCAAUCGAUAAACAGCAUCACACGACGGGCAAUGGGUUUAUUAGGGUGACGGAAAAUAGUGGAGAAAGCUGGUCCGAUUUUCUCUUGCAAUUGCAUGAAGGUGCUGGGGAAGUUAUGGUAGCGAGAGGAACAAAGAAUUUCAGGAGUAACCCUGCUACCAACGAAUGGAGUCCAAGGGUAGAAGAAGAGGCCAUGUUCAUCUCGACAAAGCCUAAUCGGAGCGAGAGUAGCAGUUGAAGGGGGAUUUCAUCAGCUUAGCGUGAAGUAGUAGUGAUUUUGUUCUUUGUUUCUUCGUUUUGCUUUGCGGUGUUGUUGCGGAGGUUUUGUUCUUUGUUUCUCGUUUUUCUUUGUGGCAUUGUUGUGGAGGCUUCACUGUUACUAGUGUAAACUUUGAUUUAAGUUGAUUUAUUGAAGUGUUCACCAUGUUUCAAAAACUCAAAA